AUGUCACCUAGACGUAAGAUUAUCCGAAACAGCUUCCUUCAUUUGGAUGGCACAGCCUACAGCUUUGAAAUGACUGACCGCCUUGACCACAACAACCUUGACUUCAGCGAGGAUGAUGUUUUGACAAAAAUAUGCGAAACUAUUUCAGAUGGUUACAAAGAUCCAAUGCAUGAAGGCCAAGAUCAAGUGUUAGUGGCUUUUGAUAAAGAUGCACGUAAAUUUCCUAUUCUUCCUGAUAAUGUCCUUACUCGGUAUCUUGAUGAAACAUCCAGGAGAAAAGUGUAUUCAAACUGGCUCAUCUUCAGACAAAAUGGCAACCACCUCACUAUCACCCACUUUGGUGCUUUUGGGAGCGAGAAAGAUCAAGAUUUUAUAGAUACACAGGAAGAGACAAUGCGGGCUCUUGCCAUUUAUAAGCAACUGUUGGAAGAUCUGAAGUCCCCAAUCAACAAAAUGUCUGAGGAAGACCAAGCACUUAUGGAAGAGCACAUAUUGGCAGAAGUAAAAGCCCAUUAUUUUGGAAUUGUGCAGAAUAAUGAGUCACAGAUUCAAACUUGCAAGAAGGAAUUGGAACAGCUGAUUUAUGAAGUCUAUGAUGAAGAAGAGGAUAAAACAAUUGCUCGAAACCUGAUAGCAAAGUUAUCAGCUUCAACAGGAAAAGUAUUGAUUAAAACCAUGGCAAAAGUCAUCACAGAAGAAUUAGCAGAAAAAGCAGCUAAAAAAGUAGCUGCGAAGCUGGCAGCAAAGGCAGCUGCAAAAAUUGCGGCAAUGUCUGGAUUGAAGGGCGGAGCAGCCAAGGGGAGCAGCAAGGUCGCAGCAAAGGCGGUGCCCUUUGUGGGAGCAGCUAUUGGUGUUGGAUUUGGACUCUGGAGGCUUUCUCAGGGAGACGUGUUAGGAGCAGGCCUGGAAAUUGCUUCUGGGGCAGCAUCGUGUGUACCAGGGGCAGGUACUGCUGUGUCUUUAGCUAUUGAUGGCACACUUGUAGGGAAGGACAUGAAGGAAGCAUUGGAAGCAGAAACUAAACGGGGACGAAAUGUUCAGGUAAAGUUGCAUUUGUCUGAAAAACAAAAAUGUUAAUUUAUUAUUAUUAUUAUUAUUAUUAUUAUUAUUAUUAUUAUUAUUAUUAUUAUUAUAUAUUAUGUUAUGAUAAAAAAUAUUGUUAUUAUUAUUAUUAUUAUUAUUAUUAUUAUUAUUAUUAUUAUUAUUAUUGCCCGCUUUGAAUACACUCUUACACUAGGUCUAUUAAAGUUUGUUUUUCAGAUACAAACUGUAUACCUUUCAGUUCUGUGCUCAGGCAUUCUUUUUUUGGGGAGGGGCAGGGGAAAGAGCAACAGGCAAAGGGAAACAAAAGGAACACCUGAUACAUUUACUUUUACCUUUUGCCUUCCAAAGAAAAAGGGAAGGGGGACUGCAGCCUGAUCACAGGUUAUUAAGAAGGGGUCACACAUGCACCAAAAGACCCCACCCUUCCCCAGAUAUGGCUCUAAUCAGAUCUUAUAAUAUAAAAACGAGACAAGUCAUGUCACUAGCUCCUCUGCAGAAGAUCAUGUUUUGUAUCUUUUGAUCAGAUGGCAGGAUUUUUAUACCUUAAAUUGUCAGAUUUCUUCAAUCAUGAUUUCCCUCUAUGAUCACUUAUCAUUUUUUUCUCCUUGGGCUUGCACCCUCGUUCAUCAUGGUUUACAGUGCUCGUGCAUGGGUUUAUACAUGUGGAGUAACUUUGAAAGAAAAAAAGAGACUGCUCAUAGUCUAUAUAUUCAGACACUAACUAAGUGACAAAGGUUGAGGUGACAUGUCAUAGCUCAUGUCUAGUCCUAGGGGGUCUGAGGGUAGGCUGCUGAAGUGAUGGGCAGGUCAACACCCACGUGAUUGGGUACUCCUUGAGUUUUUGGUGAAGUGGAUACAGUUUGACCUGGAACCCUUAGUAUAUACAAGGCCAUGUGAAGUCACAAUUUUGCUGCCAUUUUUUAGACUAAGCAGAGCUACAAAUAACUGUUGGUUAUCUGACAAUGUCCAACUAAAAUGUAGCCAUGUGCGACCAAAUUCUACCUACAGCUAAACAUGAUGACUGAAAAGAUCAAAUACGCUACCAAAGAAUAUCAUUUUGUAGCUGAAGAAUAACUUUUAAUAAUAGUUAUGUUAAAAACAAACAGUCAACAUAAUUUAUAAGUCCAACAAUUUUUCUGGUUUGAGUUUGAGGGGAGGGGUGUGGGGUGUUGGUGGGCACCUUUAUUCAAGGCUGGGCGCUUAUUAACUUUUUCUGCCUUUAGGAUGGAUGCUUAAUUAUUUGAGGUGGGUGCUAAUUCGAGGUUGGGUGCUUAUUCGAAUAAAUAUGGUAUGUGGAAGUACCCCCUCUGCUAUUGUCCACAUUCAGCCAUUCAGUGGGUAAACGGUUUAUUACUUAUUACUCCUGAGUUCAGUUCUGUCGUUCAAACUCAUCUAUUUUCUGCUAUAGGAGCUGCAAUGCAAGAUAAAAAAGAUUGAAAAUGAGCUGAAGGUCCUUAGUGAAGAGUAUGACAAAGCUAAAGAAGAUUAUGAGUUUGUCAAAAAAGUUUUAGAAGACCCUGGAUUUGGGAUUACAAAAGUUCAGAAGGCAAUUUCAAUCUUGGAAAAGCUUUCAGCUGCUCUUCUUAAAGUAGGAGCAUGAGAGAUGAGUAAUGCAAUGAAUAUCUUUCAUCAUAAGGAUCAAUAAUUGUUCUGGAAUGAAUUUUUGAACUUGGAGGAGUCAGAGGAGUAUUGUUAGUUAGCAAAAUUCAGACAUCCUAGGCCUCAGUAAUCAAUGAGGAGCUAAAAAAACAACUAAAAUAUCAAUGGAAAGUUUAAAUAAUACAGCAAUUAAUACAAAAGAAGGUUUGAAUGGACACAAGUGACGAAGGUUUGUAAAUUGGAUUGGGAUUUUGUAACUUUGAAUAUUAAUCUUGGAAGACAUAAUUAUUUGUUUGUUACAAAUUUUGUCAAAUAGAAAGUUUCUUAGCUAAUGUUCCAUAAAGAUAAAGGUUGUGUAAUAAAUAUAAAGUAAAAUGAACUAGACC